AUGUCCGGUGCCCUGGCCCGUGGUGAACCAAGGCCCAUUGCUCCGUUUGUGGCAGGUGAGAAUGGCUCAAACCACACUGCGGCGGGCGUGGUCCUGGACAGCCAACGAGAAAGCACCACUGCUGUUGGUGGCGAACUACAGGGAGCUGAGUUGGAUUCCCUGCAGCAUAGCGGCUUACCGCAACUAUCUCUCACUACUGCUAGCGUGUCAGAGUCCCUGCCUUUCGCCUGUGACGACCCCAGUCUCAGUCUCAGUCCCAGGGGAUAUGUCGAUCAACUCGCAGCCUCACAUAUCUCUGCUACUAGCGGUGAUUUUAUGGACAUGACCGAUCCCAGUACGGGCUUGAAUCUUGGGAGAGCAGUCGGAUCUGGCAUGGAUUCGCCUGCGUUGGAGACCGAACUUGAACUUGACCUUUCGAUGCCACAAGAAUCGUUUCCACAUCUGGCCCAGCAUGGUACGAUGACACAACCCCUCGUUCUAGACGGGACAUGUUUCAUCGACACUGCUCUUCAACAAGAACAAGGGAUAGCAGACACCUCAUGGACGUGGUCGCUUCCCUGCUUUCCCCCUGGGGAAAUUCCCCCGUCUCAUGCACAGCUUCAGCGACAGCUCCACCUACAGGGUGAAACUCUGACUUCCCGUACUUCAUUGGCAAGCGACACAAAGGACCUUCUCGGCGGUCUGAUGGAAGUUCUACAAGACCGAGGAAUGGAAGAAGUGAUAUCAGCCGGGUUCAGUUCCAUGUUCAAAAGUGCCAAAAGGCAAACGCAAAGGCAUCGGCAGGAGACGGCUCGCACCCUGUUUUCCGGCUUAGAUCCGUAUCUGAGCAGCAGCAUGCAGCCGCCCGGAACCACCAUCUUCUCCGGGUUGAUCUACAACGCAUAUUGUCUAGGGUUCAGCCUCCGAGACCUUUUUCUCGUCCCGAAACAUCCCUCCCCAUUGUACAAGCCGGACCAGGCUCAUGUAGAUCCUCAAUCUCUUGUGGCGGCGGCGGGGACCAACCCGUCGAUGCCGGCGAACCUCAGGCCAACGCUGCCCCAGGUGAUAUAUCCCCACUCGACAUUCCUCGACCUCUUGCCGUUCCCCGAGAUGCGGUCGCGCGCAAUCACCCUAGCUGCUACCGUGCCUCAUAUUUUCGAUUGGUUUGAUCUGAAAUGGGACCUUGAGUACGGACUCAUCUACCACCGCGUCAGGACCUCGAGUAGCGGCGAUCCCGGACAGCCGUGGGAUCCGCGGAACUGGAAGGCGACGCCUUGGUUCCUCCAGAAGUGGCAUAUCUUGAUGGACGACAAAACUAGAGAAAUGCUGAAGCAGACCACGGUGCGGCAGAGGACGAGGAGAGAUGUUUGGGGCAUCUGA